AUGAUAAAUAAUUCAUUUCGUAAAACCCUUGCUGGAUAUCUAAAUCCAUUUUGUUGGCUUACAACAUGUUAUAAAAUAUCAGCAUCACUACAUACAGAAUCGAUUUCUCCAAAAGUAAGAAUCAUGCGGCCAUCCAAAUAAAAGUUUGUAAUUUCUACCAAAGAAUUUGUUAAGCAUUGUUAACAGCUUCAGUAAGAAGAAUUAUCUGAUAUCAUAAAACAAAUAAAAUUGAUUCCUAAUCAAUCUCCUGAUGAAAUUUAGGAGUUUAUUAAUUCAAUAUAAAUAGAAGGAGAAAUUAAGAAUAUUGUUAAGAAUUUUGAAUUUUUACCUGCAGAAUAUUAAUCAAUUUUAAUCUCUAAAAAAAUAACAUCACCUACAUCUAUUUAAUAAGCUAUAAUACCUUUAAUUUUAGAAGGAAGAGAUGUUAUUGCAAUUGCUGAAACUGGAUCUGGCAAAACUUUAGCAUAUGCUUUACCAGGAUUAAUUCAUGCUUAAGCUCAACCAAAAGUAAAAGGUCCUAGAAUUUUAGUACUUGCUCCAACAAGAGAAUUAGCCUAAUAGAUCUAAUCUUAAUAUGAACUUUUUACAAGAACAUGUUGUGUUUAUGGAGGAGUUUACAAAAAUCAUUAAUAUGGUGAUAUCUUAGGAAUGAAAGAAUCAAGAAAUAAUAUUUAAUUUCCAAAAGUAAUAAUUGGAACUCCUGGUAGAUUAUUAGAUUUUAUGAAUGAUGGAUAUCCUUUAAAGACAAUUACUUAAGUUGUUUUAGAUGAAGCUGAUAGAAUGUUAGAUAUGGGAUUUGAAGAUUAAAUUUAAUAAAUCUUAAUGAAUGUUAGAGAAGACAGAUAAACUUUAUUUUUUAGUGCAACUUGGCCAAAAGAAGUAUAAAUGUUAGCUAAUUCAUUAUGCAUUUAGGAUCCUGUAAUCUUAUAGCUUGGAGAAUAAGGAUUAAGUGUUAAUAGAAAUAUUCAACAAGAAAUCAUAAUUAUUUAUGAUAAUAAAUUUGAACAAUUUGUAGAAUUAAUCGAAAAAUUUAAAGAAUAAAAAAUACUUAUUUUUUGUUAAAAAAAACUAGAUACUUAGAAAUUGGAAUAUCGAUUAUCAUAACAUGGAUUGAAAGCUAGAUAUUUGCAUGGAGAUUUGAAAUAAAUUGAAAGAGACUAUAUUCUUGAAGAUUUUAGUACAGGCAAAAUUAAUUGUUUAAUUGCAACAGAUUUAGCAUCUAGAGGCUUAGAUAUUUCCAAUGUAGAUAUUGUUGUAAGUCUUUUUAUUUCAUAUUAGGUUAAUUAUGAUUUCCCUUCUAAGAUUUAAGACUAUAUUCAUAGAAUUGGUAGAACUGCUAGAGCUGGAAAUAAAGGAUUAGCUAUUAGUUUUUUAGAACCUACCCUCAUUAACAACAGACUUAAAAACGAUUUAAUUUAAGUUCUUCAAUAAUCUGAUUAAGUUAUUCCUUAAGAAUUAUUAAAUUUAAGGUUAUGA